GGUCUGGGUAGGACCCACUCUCAGCUGCACAGGUUUUCUGACACUACAUCUGGAAUGGCCCAGGCCUGCUCCAGGGCUCUGGGGAUCUUGCCCUGUAGGGAGCUGUAGGCCUGCAACCCGUGUCGGGGCUGCACAAGCCACAACCCUGGUGUCCUGUCUGCACUCAGCCCCUAGGUGAGAGGGGCUACAGUCUGGGCUCUGAGAUCCUGGGGCACCACGGGCCUCAGCGGCCGUGUGUAUAUGAGCCGGGGAGGAAGGACCUGAGUCAGGCUGCUGGACUCCCUCCUCGACACUUGAGAGGGCCCUGCAGUGCCCACCAGGUCCCUGUAUGCAGAGGCUGGCGUGUGUGCAAGGCAUUAGAGUAUGCAGGCAGAAGCGUUCUAGCUGUUGGGCAGGUUCAGUGGGUGGGCCUCGCAUGCGGACUCAGACGCAUGCACACUGUGUGUGGGGAUGUCCCGUCUCCUGUGUUGGCUCAGGGCUCCUGGCAGGGACUGAGAAGCUGAUUAGAGAAGUCUAAAAGCUGUGUGUUGCAGACACGAAGACUCACAGAAGUGACCAGGCCUGCCUGCUCGCACAGCAAGUGACAGUGGCAGGUGGUUGUCGCACCCGGGGCACUAGAGGAGGAGAGACCGUUGAACGGGAUCUUUCCCUCCCUCGACCCUCGUGUCUGAAUCAAGCCCGUUUCUACCCUGUGUGGGGGAAGGGGGUUAGGCACCUUCACGCAGGGGUUUCAUCUGCUUCAGCAAGAGAGGGAGUGGUGUGCCCUGCCAUACCUGUUGGUGCCCUGAGCUCAAGAUAACAUGGCAAAGUGGCCUGCUGUCCUCUCAAGACCAGCCCUACUGCCGCAUUCUCCCCUCAGUCUUCCUGGCUCUUCCCGCCGUGGAAAGUGUGUGUAUAUGUGCAUGUGUAUGCGUGCAGGCAUGUGUGUUUCUCUGUUGGUUCCCCCUCUGAUGUCUCCUGGGCAGUGGGGCUCCUGGCUGCUGUGAGCACCUGCUGACCCAUGGGGGUGCUUUGACAUGUGCAUGGGCAGUGGGACAGAGCCCUCCUGCUGCCUGGCCCAGGACUUCCCAGAGCCCCGGGUUUGCUGGGCUGGCCAUGCCCUCCCUGCAGGAAGCUGAGCCUGCAGCUUCAGGCUCAAAUGGGACAACCCAUCUGCUGUGACUUUACACACCAGUUGUCCAGAGGAGCAGGCUAACCACCUGGCAGACAAGUUUGGACAGAGACGAAGGCAGAGGAGCAGUCUCUUCCUCCAUGGCGCUUGGCUUUUUCAGUGUCAUCACAGGACCCUAUACAGCAUUUUAGUCUAUUUACUUUUUAAUUUGACACACAACACACUGUAAAAUUCAUCUCUUUAAUUAUAGUAUACAGCUUGGUGGUUAAUGUAUUCACAAAUUUAUUCACCACCGUCUGGUUUCAGAUGCUUUCAUUACUCCAAAACACCUAGGAGCGGUCACACACACAAACAUACUGCCCAGGAGCAGCCCCUCAGCCGUGCCCCUGACAGUCUCUUAUCUCUCUCUGAUCCUCUCUGUGUGGCCCUUUGUGACUGGCCCCUUUCACAGAGCCUUUGAGUUGUCUCUGAUUUUCCUGCUAUGAGUGACACUGCUGAGAAAAUUCGUGUGCGUUUUGUGUGGACGUGUGUUUUAUUUUGGGUGCACAACUCAAGUGGCAUCACUGGGUCACCUGCUAACCGCCUCUCAUCUAAGAAACCGCCAAGCUGGUAUUCCACAGAGCUGCUGCCCUGGUUUCCACACCCUGCGAUUGUCCCAUUGUGAUGUGUAGUCUUUGUGGCCUUCAAAAAAAAAGUCAACUUGUGGUCUUUUUUCCCUUACUAUAGAAGUGGUUAUCUAUUAUCAUAAAAAAAAAAUUAGGAAAAUGAAGAUAAAAAAGUUACAGUCACUUUUUUUGUUAUCCAGGGGCGGCCACUGGCUGUUGUUUCUGAGACUGUGACACCCUUGGGCCGUGUCCACUUGAUGUCCUUUCAUGUUCCUCCACGGUGCUGACGUCGUCUUUCCAGUUUUCCCUGCUCUCAUUCUUGCUGUGAUGAACUUUUUUUUUUUUUUUUAACUGCAGGAAGCAUUUUUUUAGGUUUGGAUUUUCCCUUCAGUUGAGCUGCAGGAGUGGGGUCAUCAGGCAGGGGCCACCUUGCGAUUGUGCCUGUGUCACCUGGACUGUGCAGGUUCACUGCCCUGGCCAACCAUGUUACAGGUGCCAGGCACUGAGCAGGUCCCCAGGGGACUGGGGGUGAGGGUGGGGGACUGGGAAGCUUCUCUGAGGGCAGAGCCCCUGCAAGCCCAGAGGGAGAGAGCUGCAGGCAGGCGCAUCCCUUGCUCUACAGGUUGUGAGCUGAGCGUCUGAGCAGGACAGUGCCCUCAUGUCCUGGCACCACCCGAGCUGAGUGACCCAGCUGCCCUGCCCGGUUGCUAUUUUCCAGGGGUCCUUGCUGCGUCUCUGAGCCCCAGUUUCCCCAUCUGUAAAGCAAGUGUGAUGGGACCCACACAUGGAGCUGCGGGAAGAGGCCUGGUCUCCGGGGCCACUGGAUUCCGAAGACCAGCAGAUGGCCAGUCAUGAGAACCCAGUGGACAUCCUCAUCAUGGAUGACGAUGACGUCCCCAGCUGGCCCCCGACCAAGCUGUCCCCGCCUCAGUCGGCACCCCCGGCGGGCCCCCCGCCCCGGCCGCGGCCCCCCGCCCCCUAUAUCUGCAACGAGUGUGGCAAGAGCUUCAGCCACUGGUCCAAGCUGACUCGGCACCAGCGCACGCACACGGGCGAGCGGCCCAACGCCUGCGCUGACUGCGGCAAGACCUUCUCGCAGAGCUCGCACCUGGUGCAGCACCGGCGCAUCCACACCGGCGAGAAGCCCUAUGCAUGCUCCGAGUGCGGCAAGCGCUUCAGCUGGAGCUCCAACCUCAUGCAGCACCAGCGCAUCCACACGGGGGAGAAGCCCUACGCCUGCCCCGACUGCGGCCGCAGCUUCACGCAGAGCAAGAGCCUGGCCAAGCACCGGCGCUCUCACAGCGGCCUGAAGCCCUUCGUGUGCCCACGCUGCGGCCGCGGCUUCAGCCAGCCCAAGAGCCUAGCGCGCCAUCUGCGGCUGCACCCAGAGCUGUCUGGCCCCGGCGUGGCAGCCAAGGUGCUGGCGGCUAGCGUGCGCCGGGCCAAGGCGCCCGAAGAGGCGGCGGCGGCGGACGGCGAG